UAUUCAAGUAUUUAGAAGGUUUAAGAAAUAUACAUAUUAUGUUUCAAUAAAAUUCACAACUCAUUUUAUGCCUUCUCCCUUCACACGUUCACUCUGUACACAACGCCUUUAGCAAAUGGCAGUUUGAUCCGUUCGGUUACUGAAAAAUUAAUUGAAGUUUUUAUCUCUAGGAAAUCUCGGCUAACGAAACGGUGCAAACUACCAUUAAAAAGAAUAAUGUAGGUAAUGGGUAUAUGAUAUAUCAAGUUUUUUUGAGAGCGAUUGAUGAUCUAGACGUGUGAAUUUUUACGAAAAUCGAGAUCGGGAAUUUAUCUGGCCUAGAGAGGCAAUAACAAUAUUUUCCUGGUAUUAGGUAAUCGAACCUGCUCCAGAUGUGGGAACCCUUCAGACAUUGUUAACAGGUGUUGAAGGUGGGAAUAUAAGAAUAAUGUGUAUAUAAUAUCAGCGGCGUCGCGUAGUUAUCGAUUAAAUAACAGCUGUGGGUGGUGCGCGAAUCGGUGCAGACCGAGGCAGCAUUGAUACGCAGGUACGCCGUUCCCGGUAUAAAGCUUCGAAGGCGGCGUGCUGGUGCUUCUGUGAGCUGCCGCCUUCCUAUUAGCGUCAGCAAUGAUACGCGUGGCCUCGUCGCCGCAUCCGAUUUUGGGAGCAGCCCUGGGGGCCGUUGUGGUCUUCGUUAUGUGUGCAGCACUACCUAACGCAGUCAUGGCCAUCGACCUUAGUAGGCUGUAUGGACACAUGAGCUCCAAGAGGAAUGGUGAUGCAUGUCAUCCAUACGAACCUUUCAAGUGUCCUGGAGAUGGCAACUGUAUCUCGAUACAAUACUUAUGUGAUGGAGCUCCCGAUUGUCCCGAUGGUUAUGAUGAAGAUUCUCGCUUGUGUACCGCAGCCAAAAGACCGCCUGUUGAAGAAACUGGAAGUUUUCUGAAAUCCCUUUUAGCGAGUCACGGUCCAAAUUAUCUGGAAAAAUUGUUCGGAAAUAAAGCUAGAGAUGCGCUGAAACCUCUUGGCGGUGUAGACAAAGUAGCGAUAGCCCUGUCAGAAUCCCAAACAAUAGAAGAUUUCGGAGCCGCUCUUCACCUCAUGAGGUCAGAUUUGGAACAUCUUCGUUCUGUUUUUAUGGCAGUUGAGAACGGGGAUUUGGGGAUGUUGAAGUCGUUAGGUAUUAAAGACUCGGAAUUAGGUGAUGUAAAAUUCUUUUUGGAAAAACUGGUAAACACCGGUUUCUUAGACUGAACUUUACCCGACCCUGCUGCUGUUUUUUUCGCCCACCCCCAACCUCACGUUCCAUUGAGCAAAUCCUUCUAUUCGUACCUUCCUUUUUAAUGAAUAUUUAAAAUUAGCCUAAACAUUCGCCUGAAUGCUGCAUAUUAAUACUUAUUUAUAUAGUCUUCAUCAUAAUGGUGCUGUAGGGCGUUAAUAAUUAUGGCCUAUCUAAAAUUUUUCUUCUACUCCCAUUUACAUCGAAAACAAUUCGUCAAAGAAUACGGAUUUUGAAGUGAUAGUAGUUCCUUUCCAAAAAAUUAAUAUGUAGUAUUCAGGCUAGGUAAAUCUAUAGCAACAGACACGUUACAGAAAGUAACGAGUUUUUCUAAACUCUCAAACUUCUUUUUGCUUGUUGUUCUCCAUGGGGGUUAAGUCUGUUUUCAUCUAAGUCGCCCAUGAAAACCUCUGCCAAAGAUCUAUUAUUAUGUAUGAUUUCUUUAAGAAGCAGCAGAGUCUCAUUACCAUCCGUCCCUUUCCCCCCCAGAACAGAGAAAUUUCCAUAACUCACCUGCCUCUGUCUCGGCAGGAAAUGAAAAGAAAGGCCAACAAAAACUUAUGAAUACAUAUCAUGAAGCACCAAAUUUUACUCAAUAGAGUUAACACUACAUAUCAAUUAGAUGUACUUAUAGACAUAUCUUGAGGACAUCGUGUGAUCACAGUUUCAGACUAUAUUAUAUAGUUUCUUAUAAAGUUUAAAUCUCUCUAGAUGUUUUUAACCAGACGUAGUGUAAAAUGAUAUAUUAUGUAUACAAAGAGUUUGAUACAGUCCAAAUAUAUUGAUAAGGCGCCAUGAAAUUAACGAUUUUACGUUCAGUUGAUGACUCCCGAAAACAAUUAUUUUGGUCCAUUCAAUUUUGGGCUAAGUUGUGAGGGCAGAAAAUGGAAACUUUUACUGGAUAAUUAUCGUUUGAAGAAUAACCGUAGGUUGCAUCUGGUACAGCGCCGCAGAAAUGUUUUCUCAGAAUCAUUUCCCAAGAGUAUUGACUCUUCUCAAAUUUGGGUAGAUAUCACAGCCUAACUUGUUUAUUUUUCAAAGAAAAAGAUUUAUUGAGGCGAAUGAUAAUGUGGCAUCUUUUUGAGCCCGCAAGAUGUUCAAUAUCAUUGAACGUUGUGCGGAAAUUUGGCUGAGAUAACGUCUAAUAAAAUUGGAGCCUUUUCUGCUCAUUAUAACGAAGUGUGAUCAUCAGCAGGGGUUGUUACCCUUAUCAACCCGACUGCUUAAUUUACCGUGUGAUUUUUCUGUACAUAUCAUAUAAGGGUUACCACCCUAUAUUGCAAAGAUUCCAAAAGCGCCUCAAAAACAUUGAUAACGACCUGACACCUAAAGAAAUGAAUAUCUGGGGCGCUUUUGUGCAUCUUCUGUUUUGCACAAUCAUAUCAUGCACGCAACAAACUUAGUUAGUAAGAAACAUGAACAAAUAAGUAUAUAUUUUCGAAUAAUUCAAGUUUGGUGUGCGAUAAAUUCAUGAAUGAUUACCUCGAUAGUUAUAUUUACACUAUUUUACAUAAAAGGCUGGUUUAUUAUGUAUACAUAUCGAAUGUUUUUAUGAUGAUAUCGUUGUAAUUUGCAUUAUUCAAUUGUAAAGUGAAAUUUCUAAUUAAAUGAAUAUAUUAUCUUAA